UUCCCCCAUUCCCUCCCAUUCUUCCAUGACAUCCAGCCACACUUCCACCUGUGUCUUCGUCUCCAAUUCCAGCAUCGCUCCAUCCAAAGCCUGAGCAUGGCGCACACCGGGCUGAAGUCGUUCUUCAGGAGCCUGUCACGGACAAAACCUGUGGAGCCCGAUGGGGAGAAGUCCACCUUUAACCGAUGCCUGACCACUUUGGAUCUAGUGGCGCUCGGUGUGGGCAGCACCCUCGGAGCCGGCGUCUACGUCCUCUCCGGAGAAGUGGCCAGAGAGUCGGCCGGGCCCAGCAUCAUCAUCGCUUUCUUCAUCGCUGCCCUGGCAUCCAUCUUCGCCGGAUUGUGCUAUGCGGAGUUUGGUUCCAGAGUUCCUAAGACAGGCUCGGCGUACCUUUACAGCUAUGUGACAGUCGGGGAGCUGCUGGCUUUUAUCACCGGGUGGAAUCUGCUUCUCUCUUAUGUCAUUGGUACGUCCAGUGUUGCGCUUGCAUGGAGUGGGACCUUUGAUGACCUCAUCGGAGGCGUCAUGUCCAAAUAUUUGCAAGAAAAUGCAGCCAUGGGCCUUCCAGGGUUGGCACCCUAUCCAGAUGUCUUUGCUGCUUUCCUUAUUAUGCUUCUAUCCGGCUUGCUCUCCUUUGGGGUGAAAGAGUCAACCUCAAUCAACAAGGUCUUCACAGGGGUCAACAUCCUGGUUCUGGUCUUUGUCGCCAUUUCAGGCUUCAUCAAAGGAGACAUUGCUAACUGGCAAAUCAGUGAGGACUAUUUGCUCAACGCCACAGCACAAGCCAAUAAUUUGAGCACGACUGCCAAUCUCACAAGCGACUUCGGGGUCGGCGGCUUUUUCCCCUACGGCUUUAGUGGAACUCUGGCUGGGGCAGCAACAUGCUUCUACGCCUUUGUGGGCUUUGACUGUAUCGCAACAACAGGUGAGGAGGUGAAGAACCCUCAAAAGUCCAUUCCAGUGGGGAUUGUGGCCUCUCUACUGAUCUGCUUCCUGGCCUACUUUGCUGUUUCUGCUGCACUUACACUGAUGAUGCCUUACUACAUGCUCAGCAAAAAAAGCCCCCUGCCCGUGGCCUUUCAAUUCAUCGGCUGGGGUCCCGCCAAAUACGUUGUGGCUGUGGGGUCAUUGUGUGCCCUGUCCACCAGCCUGUUGGGGUCCAUGUUCCCUAUGCCCAGGGUGAUGUUUGCCAUGGCAAGGGACGGCCUUCUUUUUCAACCGCUGACCAAAGUCACCUCCCGGGGUAGUCCUGCUGUAGCUACCAUAUCAUCUGGAACUGUGGCAGCCUUCAUGGCUCUGCUGUUUGACCUGGACGCCUUAGUGGAGAUGAUGUCUAUUGGGACGCUCUUUGCCUACUCACUUGUGGCGAUAUGCAUCCUAAUACUGAGGUAUCAGGUGACUCCAUCUGAAGAUGGAGGACUACAAAUCAUAGAAUCCAACACCAAAUUCGGCUUCCUGAAGCCGCCAUCAUCUCCGAAUUCAGACACUUCAAAAAGAGUCACAAUUCUGAUUUUAGUCUCUGUCGCAUGUGUGACUGCUCUGUGCAUCACUCUGAGCCUGGCUAUUGAUGCACUACACAACAUGGAGGCAUGGAGUGUGGUGCUCGUCUGCAUCAUCUCCAUUAUACUGCUACUAGCCGUUUUCCUCAUCUGGAUGCACCCACAGAAUGCCAAGAAAGCCUCCUUCAUGGUGCCCUUACUCCCUGCACUGCCCAUUGUGAGUGCACUUAUAAAUGUCUACCUCAUGUUCCAGCUAGAAGGUGCCACGUGGCUACGCUAUGCCAUCUGGAUGGCAGUAGGCCUGCUCAUCUAUUUUGGCUACGGGCUGCAUCACAGCGUUCAGAGCCAGCAUCACAAAACUAACCUUUCAGCCGUCGAAACCAUCAGUGAAAAAACAGACAAAGACAUCCUUAAAGAGUGCAAAUUGUGAGCACUAGUGGGAUCGGGAGAGAUGAAUAGAGUUGUUACUGUGACCCACUGUUUUGUAAACGUGAUUAACUAUCAGCACCUCUGGUGUUCCUUGCUACAGUGUCAAGCAUUUGUGGUUCACAAUGACUUUAGCACACAUUCAUGCAGUUCAAGCUUUCAUCCGUUCCGCUUCAUGUUCUUCAAUGUCUCUCUUACGAAUCAUACUGACACGUAUUGCCGAUUUAUUGCAAAAGUCAUUUCUGGACCCAGCUGCGUUUUACACUGCAGAAAAUGUCAGUAUAAAAAAAAAAUCAGCUGCUAAUAUUUGUACUUUUCAAUUUUGGCUGAAAUUGUGAUUGUGAUUUAGAGAUAUUCAUUUUUUUGGGCAGAAUUAUUGUUUUUAUCACGUGACGGCCGACAUUUCAGCAUGUUUCUUGUAUCUAUGUGUAAAUAUAGACUGUACAUGUUUUCUAAUGAUGAAUUGUAAAUGUAUAUUUUAAUUGAAGAGAACUAAUGUUUUCAAGAUA